AUGCAAGAAAAAAAAUCUCUUUUGGAUGUUGCUUUUUCUCACAGUAAGAAACGGUUAUUUGAUAAUGCUCAACGGGAAGGGCAACUGAUGAGAUCGGGUGCUGUUAGAGACACGGAUGGCGAACUGAGUUUUACAGUACAUGACGGACGGAGCCGAGCUGGUCGAACAGGCCCUGGUACAUGCUAUCGGUUGUAUACAGAGACUGCUUACCUAAACGAAAUGUUGGCUAGUCCCGUUCCAGAGAUUCAGAGGACCAACCUUGGCAAUGUGGUUUUGUUGCUGAAAUCUCUUAAAGUUGAAAAUUUACUCGACUUUGGUUUUAUGGAUCCACCUCCGCAGGAUAAUAUUCUCAAUUCAAUGUACCAGUUGUGGGUAUUGGGUGCCCUUAACAAUGUGGGCGGAUUAACUGAACUUGGCUCGAAAAUGGUCGAGUUUCCACUGGAUCCUCCUCUUGCUAAGAUGCUUUUGAUGGGUGACAAGUUUGGAUGUCUUGAGAAGGUUCUGACGAUUGUUUCCAUGUUAUCAGUACCAUCUGUUUUCUUUAGGCCAAAGGAGCGAGCGGAGAGAGUGACAAAGCACGCGAAAGAUUUCUUUUGCCAGAGUCUAAGAAAGGCUAGAGAAGUGAGAUCCCAGCUGCUUGAUAUUCUCAAGACUCUACGAAUUCGCUUAACCACGUGCUGGCCUGAUACAGACAUUGUCCUAAAAGCAAUUUGUUCUACAUACUUCCACCAUUCAGCAAGAUUAAAGGGUGUUGGGGAAUACGUUAACUCCCGGAAUGGGAUGCCAUGUCAUCUUCACCCUAGUAGUGCUCUCUAUGGCAUGGGUUGCACUCAUGAUUAUGAGUCUGAUACAUCACUACUACAUCAUAACAAGAAACAGAAACAAGAGAAAACGGAUAUGGAGGAGGAAAUGGAGAUUUUAAAGAAGGAGGAAGCAGAGUUUGAGAGAGAAAAUAAAAGGAAGAAGAAGAAAAAUAUUGCCAAGAAUCAGCAACAAAUUUCCAUGCCAGGUUUGAAAAAGAGUUCUUCCAAGUUCUGGAGACCAAAAAAGUUUGGUUUGUAA